AUGGCAACUCCCGAGGAGAAAUGGGUGGAAUUCACACAGCGAAGCGGCCCGUUGGCUGAAAAAGACCUGGAAGCCAUCUACGAUACCCUGAAACCAGUCACCGACAAGGAUGUGCUCGGCGAGUGGAAAGGCGGCGGCUUUGAGACCAGCCAUCCUGCUCAUGCCAAGCUGCAGUCCAUGAACUGGCUUGGAAAGACCUUCCAUUCUACCGAGGACGUGGACCCCAUUAUAAUCGAAAAGGACGGCCAGAGGGUGUGUGAUGAGAGCUGGGGACAUGCCAGACUCCGUCAAAUCCAAUUCCGCGGUGUCUUGUCAACCGCCAUGAUCUACGACAAUCAUCCCAUCAUCGAUCAUUUCCGGUGGGUGAACGACAAGAUGCUUGCCGGAGCAAUGGAUACAAGUAUGUUCCGGGACGCGGGGAUAUACUAUUUCUAUCUGUACAAGUAG